AUGGGGCGAUCACCGGAAGCCCCGGAUUUGGACAUCCCUGGAGCUUCUGAUCCUGAUGACCCUCAGCGAGGAUGUGGCUACCGGCCGAUGAUGAGGGCCAGAAGACGGAGGGUGCGGCGAGUCGUUGGAGGGAAAUCCGCCAGUAUCGGUGAGUGGCCAUGGCAGGUCAUCAUCAAGGAGAGACAUCUGUUCGGCGUCUUCACCAGCUAUAAAUGCGGCGGCGUGCUGAUCUCGGUGAGACACGUACUUACGGCUGCUCAUUGUGCAACCUCGAGCGACGUGAGGAACCUCUUCGUGACGCUAGGACAAGCCAUCGCGAGCCAGGAGAAUCUGCAGACAAUCCCCGUGGAGAGGAUGGUUGUCCACAAGGAUUAUAGAGCAGCUGACUUUGACAACGAUAUCGCUCUCAUCCUGCUCACCCAUCGCGUCGUUUUCAGUAGACAUGUUGUGCCCAUCUGCCUGCCCGAUUCUGGGGAUGACUUCAUCGGAUUCAAUGCUCACGUGAGCGGUUGGGGCAAGACGGCCUUCAAUGGCUCUUUUCCGAAAACCCUGCAGUCGGUGAUUCUACCCAUAUUGCCUCCUGAGGCCUGCGACCAGAUGUACUCGAAGAGCAGAGUGGAGAAGACCGUCCGCGAAUUUCAUUUGUGCGCAGGGCUCGAAGAAGGUCAGCGCGAUGCCUGUAUAGGAGAUUCGGGCGGCCCGCUUUCUGUGAGACGGAGUAACGGGCGUUGGGUUCUCGCUGGAAUCGUUUCUCACGGUUGGAAAUGCGCCGAGCCCAACCUUCCUGGUAUAUACACCAAUAUUCCGUUCUUCCGGUCUUGGAUCGGGAGAGCCAUGAUUUUGACACGGAGCAAUGAGGAAGCAGCAGGAAUACUCGGUUACUACUUCCCGAAGAGAGUAGAAUAUCUUCCACAGAAGACAUUCGAUCCUCAGAAGUCCACGAUCGAAUGCGGCUCACGUCCGAUGAUGAGAAGAAACUUACGCAGGAUGAGGCGUGUCGUCGGAGGCAAAUCCGCGAGGAUCGGUGAAUGGCCCUGGCAUGCCAUCAUCAAGGAGACGUCUUCAUCCGGCGUAGACUACAAGUGCGGUGGAGUGCUCAUCUCGGACAGACAUGUACUGACGGCUGCUCAUUGUGCGCUUGGAUCCGACCUCCCCAACUAUGUCGUGACUCUGGGGCAGGCCGACUUCCGACAGUCAGAUCUCCGAUCCAUUCCUGUGAAACGUGUUAUAGUUCACGAAGGUUUCGAAUCCCUCGAUUUUGACAACGAUCUCGCUCUCCUCGAACUCGCUCAACGCGCCGACCUGAACGAAAACGUCGUGCCUAUAUGUCUACCGGAUUCUGAAGAUGAUUUCGUCGGAUUGGGGGCCUACGUCACCGGCUGGGGGCAGGCGGAACCCGGUGGCCCGCUCCCGAAUACUCUGCAAUCGGUGAGACUGCCAAUUUUGCCCCGUGACGACUGUGACCGGAUGUACUCGACUAGUAGGGUCGAUAAGAGCCUCCGCGAGUUUCACUUGUGCGCGGGAUUCGAAGAAGGUCAACGCGAUGCCUGUGAUGGAGAUUCGGGUGGUCCCCUCUCCGUAAGACGGAAUGACGGACGAUGGGUUCUCGCUGGAAUCGUGUCCCACGGCUACAAAUGUGCGGAGCCCAACCUUCCCGGCGUGUAUACUAAUAUCCCGUACUUUAGGUCAUGGAUCAUGAACGCGAUCGAUUCCAUCCCAGCUCGCAGUCGGAAGAGGAUCCGAUGCAAGUCCUCAUGGAGAUCAAACAGAUGUUCAUGCAUGGAAACCGAAUAUCACCACGAUGACUCGACUUGUGCCGAGUCAGCAUCAGAAUAG